UAUCAUAACGGUGGAUGCAGCCAUACCUGCCUUGAUCGCUUAGAUGGGCAUCAAUGCACAUGUCCACAAGAUAUGAUCCUGGCUCAAGAUGAACUUAACUGUAUCAAUCCCAGUGCAAGAUUACCUGGAAAUUGUUAUAAUAAUAAUGGCGGAUGUAGUCAUCAUUGCAUAGUAGAUCAAAAAAAUUAUCAUUAUUGCACCUGUCCUAAGGGCUAUAAAUUAUUAUCGAAUCAACAAGGUUCGAAACAUUACGGAAGUUGUUCUCAAAGCAAUCAUAGCUGUCAGCAUAUAUGCGUUGACAUCGAUUCAACAAAUUAUUACUGCCGUUGCUUAUUAGGCUAUCAGCUCAUGCAAAAUGGCUACAAUUGUCGAAAAAGUAAUUUAAAUAACGAAUUAUCGAUUUUGGAUGGAUCUUGCCGUCAAAGUAAUGGCUAUUGCCAACAUCUAUGUGUUGAUAUUAGUGAUGAAGGCCACUAUUGCUUAUGCAGAAAAGGUUAUAGCUUAAACCAAGAUCGUCGUACAUGCAGCCAAAGGAAUGAUUAUAACUCUAAUUUAAAACGAUUAUUACGAGGACCAUGCUAUAAUAUUGGUAGUAGCUGUAGCCAUUUUUGCCAUACUGUUCGAAAUUAUCAUUAUUGUUCUUGUCCACUCGGAUACGAUUUAAUGCCUGAUAACACAACUUGC